GACGGGGUUGCGAUGGGACGGGGGUUGUAGCAAUGAAAGCCAAUGGAGAGGUGGAUUAGACGAGGAGGAAGAGCUGGCUUGGGAGAGGGGGCGUCGGAAGCCUGGCGAGCAAACACCAUAACUGAUUCUUCGGCGCGCGUUCCUUUUCUCUCUCUUAGGUUCGGGAGAAAGGAAGAUGGAUCCCUCACUGGAGCCGUGACAGUUCCCGUGGGCCUCCGGGAGUGCUGGAGGGGCAGACUGUCCGAUGAAGCCGGAAGUUGCUUUGCUGUUUCCCCUUGAGCUACAGCUUUCUAUGCCAUGAGUAACACCACUAUGCCCACUUCUGCUGGGCCGCCCAACGAUUCCUUGGUGGGCUACGUUCUGGUGCCAUUUUUUCUUAUCACUGUUGUCGGAGUCAUCGUAGUUGUGAUGAUGUACAUUCAGAAGAAGAGAAGGUAUGACCGGUUACGCCAUCACUUGCUGCCGAUGUACAGCUAUGAUCCUACAGAGGAGCUCCAUGAGGCUGAGCAGGAGCUUCUGGUGGAGCCAGAAGACACAAAGGUGAUGCGAGCCUGGGGAGGAUACCAACCCUACCGCCCUUCUUUUAUGGACGUGAAAGCUUAAUACUGUUCAGCUCAGACUAACGACAAGUUGUGGACACAUGACCUCAUCUACUUGGCAUGCAUGCCAACUUUAAGUACUCUCAAGGGCCGUUAACUUUGAACCUGCUGCCUUUCUUUCCACUUGAGAAUUGUGUUCUCUUGCCCUAGGUUUCUAGUGAGGGAGGUGAGUAGGUGUGGGUCCUGCUGCCGACACACUUGCCCAUGAAGAUUUCGUGCACAGAGCAGCCUAGAAAGUUGCACAUUUGGAUCUGGAAAAGCUCUGGCUUGGCAUGGCAUUCCUAUUUCAUUUGAGGUGGAUGUAGGUGGAGGUUCUGAAGCUCCUGAAACUUCAGGUACUAUGAACUACAGUCCUGAAAGGCUCAGCUUUAUGAAAAACAAACAAAACCCAACAGACCUCUGCUUCCUUUUGUGACAGCAGUGUCAGACAUUACAGUGCAAUUGCUAAAUGCCAGCUACCCUAAAUGUCUCCAUACAUAAUGAGUACAUCACUUGGUCGCUGGGUUCCCGUGAUGUGCCCCUCUACAGAGGCAGGGAAAAUGAACAAGUUGCACAUCUAAUCUUUUCUUGGGGGGUGGGGUGGUGUUAUAGUAUUAUAUCCUUCAUUUUACAGUUGGUAAUGAACAUGUGCCCAACAGUGUAUCCAGGAGGAUGCAGUUUUGCUGGGAGCACCAUGCAGGGAGCACAGGGUUGGGGAACCUGUGGCUCUCCAGAGGUUGUUGGACUCCCAUUAUCCCCAGCCAGUUUGGCCCAGUGAUCAAUGAUGGAAGUGGUACUCUGUCAACCUUUGGAAGGUCACAGGUUCUUUCUCCCUAGUUAGUGUGUCAAUUAGAAGGGGCCUUAAUAUAUUUCUUCAACCAAACGUUUUAAGUUGAGUUGGGUACUUCUUUCUACAAUGACGAUUUUGUAUCUGGGCGCUGGUUUUUGUUUUGUAAAUAAAGUUCGCCUUGAACAGGAGCAUCUCUGGCAAAACUUCAA